AGUAAUGUGCACCAAAUGUGAUAAUAUAUCUUUGCGUUUGCAUUCUGCAGUUUCUGACGUCAAUGCUCCUCAAAGUAACCAUACUUCUCCCACUGUCGAUAAAUUGAAAUCCAAAUCAGACGAUAACUCUCCCAGCACUGUUUCAGAAGUUUUGCAUGUAGGCAAUGACAACUUGGGCUCUCAAGAAAAAGGUCUUGUUGAAUCUUUCACUGUAACUUCGUUUUUCUUACGUUACAUUAUGAUGUACCACUAUGACUACAUCCAAAAUCUUGAAAAUGUAUCGAAAAAGAUCGAAUAUAAAGUAAAACCACAAAAUGAGAAACUCAUGAAGAUUAUUCCAUUAGAAAAUAUUGAUGAACAAAAAUAUCUAUCGGCCAUAAAUAAUUUUAUCGAUUUCUAUCAAAAAAAUCACGAAAAGAUGAUGCAUUUAGAAAUUGAUAAGAAGGACUUUGCGAAUGAAAUUCGACUGAAGCAAUUUUUGAUUAUUGAUUCUUUUCCUGAUAAAACAGUUCUCUUUGGAAGAGAAAAACAUAUCAAAGAAGCAGAAGAAUUUUUGAAAAGGCAGAACAAAAGUUCAACAUCUCGAAAUCAAGAUACGCCAAAUGUUUACCCUUCUACUCCCAGUAGUUCACCUUGCCCAUCAAGUUCUAAAGUGAACCAAAAAUCUCAAGCUGACGUCCAUUAUGUUGUCGUUUACAAAAACGCAAAAAUUUCUGUUUAUCAAAACGACAUCACAAAAGAAGUCGUUGAUGUCAUCGUAAAUCCAGCAAACGAGGAUUUAAAUCACAACGGAGGUGCAGCAAAAGCAAUUGUAGAUGCUGGAGGAUUGAUUAUCCAAAUGGAAAGUACUGAAAUCAUGAAAAAGCGUAGAUCCCGUUUGAAACCAGGCGAUGUUGAAAUAACAGAAUCUGGAAAGUUGCCCUGUACUAGUAUUAUUCACGCCGUAGGUCCAAGAUGGCACAAUUUCAAUGAUAAAAACAAAGCCAAGCAUUAUUUGAGUGUUGCCAUUGAAAAAUGUUUAAUAUCUGCAAAUAAUCGAGGUUUAAGCAGUAUUACCAUACCAGCCAUAAGUUCAGGUAUAUUUGGUGUUCCUGUGAAAAUAUGUGCUGAGGUACUUUUUGACGCCGUGAUAAAUUUUUUAAAUACAUCUUCACCUGGUCUUCUUAAAGAUAUCCGUUUUGUAAAUAUUGACGAGAUGACUACAAGUGUGUUUAUGGAAGAAUUGAAAAAACGGUUUUCUAGAGCAGUAGAACGUAAAGAGGUUUUUUUUCAUAAAAGUAUGUCCGGGUCAAAUGAAAUGUCAAAGGAGCUUGAGCUGUUUACUCAAAGUUAUAAUUCAAAUGGAAAAUUUCAACAUUCGAAAAAUGGCAAAAGAACUGAAUAUCAAGGAGGUCACGACUCACGUGUUGUUACAAAAGGAAAUGGAAUUCUGGAAUCAAAUCUUGAUCCAAAUGCUCAGUCGUUUAGUCCUCCAAAAGGCAAUAGUUGCAGAAUAUCUCAUGUCAAUAAUUCUAAAGUUGUGAAGGCAAAUGCUCAGUCUUAUAGUCCUCCCAAAUCCAAUAGUUGCAGAAUAUCUCAUGUCAAUAAUUCUAAAGUUGUGAAAGCAAAUGCUCAGUCGUUUAGUCCUCCCAAAUCCAAUAGUUGCAGAAUACCUCAUGUCAAUAAUUCUAAAGUUGUGAAAGCAAAUGCUCUGCGAAGCAAGAUACACGAUGGUGAAAGUACAGUCCUUGAUCCUUUAUGUGUUCAACAACACAAAUCUUCUGAUGAGAAGGAUGAAAUAUGUACAAUAUGUCUGUCGGAGAUUGGAGAAAAGAAGACACUUGAAAAAUGUGGUCAUUCCUUUUGUGCAAGUUGCAUUGAAGAGGCAUUUAAACAUAUCAAAAAAUGUCCCAAUUGCUCCUAUGUGUACGGUGUUAUCAUUGGUGAUCAACCUGAAGGAAAAAUGACUUUCAGUGUUUCCAAUAAAUCUUUGCCUGGUUACCCUUCUUGUGGGAUUAUUUAUAUAAAAUAUAGUUUUCCACAAGGUAUUCAAGGUAAAGAACAUCCUAAUCCAGGCAAGCCAUAUCAAGGAACAACACGACAUGCAUAUCUUCCUGACAAUGAAGAAGGAAACAAAGUGCUUAGAUUACUCCAAAAAGCUUUCAAGCAAAAACUUACCUUUACCAUUGGACGGUCGUCAACAACUGGUGCAGAAGAUGUUAUAACUUGGAAUGACAUUCAUCAUAAAACUAACGUGAAUGGAGGCCCAUCAGCAAACGGUUACCCUGAUCCAACAUAUCUUAAACGAGUCCAGGAAGAAUUGGCUUCCAAAGGAAUUGUUGAAUAAAAGAUAUUGAAGAAAUUGUUGAUGAGUUGUUGUUCUGGAAUUUGAGAUUUACAUUUUCUGCUUUUACACAGACUUUUGUUGUGAUUUAACUUUUGCUUUAGAAAAAAUGAGCGUUUUCUUAAAAUGUUUAUGAACAGUACAUAUAAAGAUCAGUUGUUAAUAUCGUUUUAUUUUUGUUUUUUUUUCAGUCAUCCAUUUUUAUAAAUAAUACAUCACAUUUAUUCAUCGUUUCUAAACUUUUGAUUUUGUACGAAUUCGUUACCUGCAUGUAUCAUUUAAUCAGUUAUUUUGCUGUUAUGUCGUCAUAUUUUAAAAAAAGUUGGAAAUUGUC